UCUUUGACUCUGAGUCGAGUCGAGGCUCCUCCUGCUGCUCAAGCUGAGAUUCGAUGUUUGUUAGCCUUGCUAACGUCGAUGUGUUCUGUUGGCAGACUCUUUCAGCUGACUCUGGUCAAGAGGAUAUAUGAAUGGUCCAAGUCAACGUCGAGUUUAAAGUCUCUACCUAAGUGGAACUGGUUGGCUGUUUGCACAAUGGGUAAUUCAAGCGGGCACAACACUCUGGGUAUCCCGCCAGGAAAAGGACCCCACCAAGUGGGAUGCGCAGACCUGAUGGUGGGGCACACAGUCCAAGGUGCAUUCUUGAGACUCUACUAUCCAUGCCAUGCAUUCAAGAAUCCUCAUAUGCCAGAUUGGGUCCCGUGCAAGGAGUAUUUCAAUGGCCUCGCAGACUUUAUGAAUAUGAGCAGAGCACUAAGUGAAAGAAUUUUUAACUACCUCUUUGGGUCUUAUAAAAUCCCAGCAGCCUGGAAUGCAUCAUUUAAACCAGAUGGGAAAUAUCCUGUUAUUAUUUUCUCUCAUGGACUGGGAGCUUUCAGAACAUUGUACUCAGCCAUAUGCGUUGAAAUGGCUUCCCAGGGCUUCAUUGUUGCAGCUGUGGAGCACAGGGAUGAAUCUGCUUCUGCAACUUUCUACUUCAGAGAACAUACUGAGCCAGGAACAAAAAAGCAUCCAUCAUGUGACCUAGCCAAGCCUGUGUCUGAUAAUCUAGAAGAGGUUUGGAUGUACUACAGGCCGUUGAAACCAGACGAAAAGGAGUUUCCUCUUAGAAACAAGCAAGUAAAGCAAAGAGCAGAUGAAUGCAUCAGAGCCUUGGAUAUUCUCAUUGACAUCAAUUCAGGAAAGUCUGUGGAGAACGUACUACAGAGUGACUUUGAUUUGUCAGCAAUGGAGAACUCCAUGGACUUGUCUAGAACAGCGAUUAUGGGACAUUCCUUUGGAGGCGCGACGGUGAUCGAAUGUUUGAGCAAGGAUGUCAAAUUCAACUGUGGUGUGGCACUGGACACCUGGAUGGUUCCUCUGGAUGAGGAGAUCUUCCCUGGAGUAAAGCAGCCAAUCUUUUUUAUUAACUCUGAAAAAUUCCAGUGGAUUGAGAAUAUCAUCCGUAUGAAGAAGCUGGACUCUGCCAUCUUUUCUAGAAAAAUGAUAACCAUCAAAGGGACAGUCCAUCAGAGCUUCCCAGAUUUCACAUUUCUUACCGGGAAGUGUAUUGGAAGGUUCAUGAAGCUAAAAGGAGAUAUAGAUCCACACAUAGCCAUGGAUCUUUCCAACAAAGCAACUUUGGCUUUUCUUCAACGCCACUUAAAUAUGGACAGAGACUUUAAUCAGUGGGAUCCUUUAAUUGAUGGAAAAGACGACAACUUGAUUGCAGGAACCAAUAUUACUAUCCCUCCAUCAUCUAUUUAAUCGAUUAAGAUGAAAUAUAUGUAAUCUUGCAAACGCACAUGUAACAAAUGGAGUCAAAAGGUUACAUAUUUGAGCAAGAGCCAAUCUAUCACUAUGAAAUUCCAUAAAAGACUAUAUUUUGAGUACGAUUGAAUUUGCA